GUGCCUCCUCCACUCAAAACAGGUUAUCCCGGAAAUUGCCUUCACCUGUGUGUGUGUGCAGGGCUGGUGGGUGGUUUACAAAGAUUGUUUGUUUGUCCUUCUUCACUCAACGAACCCCACGGCAAGGCACGGUUAACUUCAUUAGUGUAUCACACUGAUUAUUUAACAUCUCUUACUCGCACACACACACACCCAGACACCUUUAGUCGUGUCACACAAUUAUUCAACAGCAGCAGCAGCAGAGGCGGACGCACUGUUCAAUUAGUUUUUUUUUCAUCUCCAAGAUAGUUUGAAGACAUUCGAGGAAGCUGCGUUAGUUGCCUCACAAACGAAGAAAAGGGAAAAAAAUUGACAUCGUUUUAGACACAACAACCAUCGCAACAGACGCGCAGUUUACUUCUUCUUUACUCUAAAGCCAGGUCUGAAAGAUAGUUUCAGUCGCGCUCAUUAUCUCACACUCGCACACACUCGCACACACCGAGAGGCAUUUGACAUUUUCGAGAGUAAAGUCACGGACGACGACGACGACUACUGAACAAUCACGUAGGCGCGGUGUUUCGUGCCAAGUCGCAUUGGAGAGGGGUGGAGGGGGGGUACAAACACUUAAAUGUAGUGGCACACAUAAUUAAUUACACUCUUCUCACACACACACAUCGACAAACAUUUGACAUUUUAUUCAGUCAACAGUCACAACAAUUAAACAACAGGAGGCGCGCCGUUUUUUGGGAGGUGGUUGGUUGGUUGGUGGUAGUGGUUGUUGUUGUUGGUGGUGGUUGACAUUUCUGGUGACGACUUUGGCUCCGGCGGGCGAUGGCCGAGUCUCAGAUCGCCUGUCUGGAGGACAAUUUCGGCUGGCGUCCUGGCGAGACCCACAAGGAGACGAACCACAGCGAGGAGCAACGCCUGGCGCUGGAAGCUCUCCUCCGCGGUGGGACCUCGGAGUACCUCGGGUACACGAACACAGCCAAGGUGAAGCCAUUCCUGUCUGACAAGGAACUCGCUCUGCUCCUGCACGAAGGCGACCCCACUCGAAGAAAGCAGCGAGGGGGUCACGGCCCCUCCUCCGUCGGAUCGUCCGAGCGACGUCUGCCGGGGUCCGCGUUUGGUUCGCCGGCGGACGGCGGAGCAGCGGCGCUGUCCACCACGGGGUCGCUGACUUACUGGCCCGAUCGCUCGGAUGCCCCCACGCCUGACCUUGAGUUGGGAUGGCCGGCGGCGGGCAGGUACCGCGGUGUGACCCGGGUCCAGGCCGUCCACGCUCAGCCUCCGCUGGGACCCAACUCGCCCAGCAUCAAGGAGGCGGCGCGGGCUAUGGUUCACGGUGCCCACCAGUUAAUCGCCGUGGUGAUGGACGAGUUCUCCGACGUGGACAUCCUGAAGGACGUGGCGGACGCGGCGGUGAGGCGCCGGGUGCCAGUCUACGUGCUCGUCGACGAACUGAACGUGGCAUCCUUCCUCGCGGCGUGCCGUGCCGUGUCCAUCAACAUCUUUUCCAUGCGGAACAUGCGCGCUCGAUCCCUCGAGGGCCUCAGCUUCUGCUCGCGCAACGGCGCUCGCAUCACGGGCCGCAUGCAGGAGCGCUUCAUGAUCAUCGACGGAGACCAGGUGCUCACGGGUACCUACAGUUUCACGUGGUGGGCAUCGCGGAUGGACAGGCACAUCGUCACGUCGCUGUCAGGCCAGGUGGUGGAGACGUUCGACAUGGAGUUCAGAUUCCUCUACGCGCAGUCCAAACCCCUGCAGGAAAAGCAGCAGCAGCAGCCAGGGGCGGCAGCUGUCGCACGCCCACUUCUCCAGCUGCCGAUGUUCAGCUUCUCCCCUUCGCCGGCUGCGAGGGCCCAGGCUGUCAACGCACAGCCGCCGGAGCCGCCGCUGCAGGCCACCUCGAAGCCUGGCGUGCAGGCAUUGCCGAAGCUCUUCAUGCCGCCCGUGAACCCGCUGUAUGCGCUCGUGAAGCAAGGCCACCGCUCUCCGGCCACCACCCUCGAGCCGCCACCGCCGGCGUCACCCGUGGCCCGCAGCGAGGGCGGCGGCGGCGCCGGCCCCGGCGGCAGCCCGGACUCCCGGCUGCUUCGCAACUCUCAGCUUCUGACCCAGCAGCCGAGCCGCAGCGUCCAAGGCCCCGACGCAGCGAAAUCCCGCGAGCAGGACGUCCAGCCUCCGCUGUCGCCGGCCAACGCGGUCGCUCCGGAGGGGGCCCACCGCGAGAUCUGCAAAGCGGCGCUGCGCAAGGUGAACCUCCCCGACCACGUCGCGCGCCACAAGGUGGACUCGUGCCUCCUGUUCGAGGGGGACAAGGAGCGGGGCGAGGCGGCGCCUGCACGCAGCGCCAUCGAGGAGAGCUCCUUCGCGCUCAAACGACGGGCGACGCUCUCGUACGGCCCGCUCGCCACCCAGGAGGACAGCCUCUUCAAGUCGCGCUCCACGUACGACCUCAGUACCGCUGCUGGCGAUCAUUUUGAUGAGGAGGAGGAUGAUGAGGAGCCUCCCCACGCCGAGCAGGGAGAAGAGGGCGACAAGGCGAAGAAGGAUCAGGCGGAGUUGGAGAAGGAGAAGGAGGGGGCGGCACCUCCGUCAUCGGUGGCGGGGGAUGACGACGAGCAGCGGCAGACAGAAGAGCAGCCUGGCUCCAAGCGACGCCUGUCCAUCCUCAAGAUGAUGAAGAGCAUCUUCAGGAGGAGCGUCAGCAAGGACGUGCCGCAGAGACGCACCUCGACGUUCUACCUGCAGCCGAUGACGGCUCCAGAAAACGCUUCAUGAGGGGGAUGGAGGAGUACAGCCCUUCUCACGUUAACGAAUGAAAGCUGGCUCCGUAUAUAUUAGUAGUUUAGUACACUUGGCAUUUGCACCAUUCCAAUAGCACAAGGCUACCACAAAGGUGCUAUGUUUCACAGAUGGAUAUGGUUAAACCGGUAGGGGUCAAUCUUGCUGUACGGUUUUACCCAAUUAUGUAAUUUUCAGGUUAUUCCUCAAAUUUAGACCGUGACGUCGGCACACGUGGCCCCAUUCUUUAAAAUUGUAAAAAUAACGUCACCACAUGGUCUUGUAACGUCCAUUGUGACGUAUUUUAUGGUUGAUACCUGCAGUAUUAACUAGGGCGGCCGCUGGGUUUCGAACCACGGACCUCAGCAACGGCUCGACCACGUCACGGCCCUUGUGAGGCUGUUUGACCUGAAACGUCUCAGAAAAAUAAGCUACCUCCUUCGGGUGGAUCUGUUUUUUUUCUUUUUAGUUUGCAACCUCUUGAGAGCAGAAUAUUGUAGAGUAAUUUUUUGUCGCGUUGUGGUUUAAUUUCCAUUAGUCCCCCCCACCCCCUCCCUCAAUUAUAAUGAAAUGAUUCUGCGAACAGUUUGACUGCUCGCACCUCUCGCUUGUUGCAUUUUUUUAAAUGUUAGGCUGCUGCCGUGGUGAAAUGGUUCGCAGCACAAUGCUGGACUUGCAAUCCAGAGGUCGCUGGGUUCAAUCUCCCCGGGAGUUGAAACAAUGGGGCAAGUUUUGAUUUAAAGCUUUCGUGAC